GUUUGCUGAGAGUGUGUAUUCUUCUCUUCAUGGUGGUCUCCUGUAGUGCCGAGUGCUAUAUUCAAAAACCUCAAGUUGAUUUGUCAUCUGUCCACAACAUAACAGACCACCUACAAGGUUGUGUGGACUCUGAUGGAGUAAUCCAUGACUUCAACUCUGAAUGGGAGAAGGACUGUUACAACUGUCUUUGUGCACUAUUUGGCAUCAGAUGCUGUAACAAGAUCCCAACAGUAAUAGAUCACCCUGAUGAAUGCGAGAUGGUUGUUGACAAAACAACCUGCUCCUUCACUCUAGCACUUGUUUCAGACCACAGCAAGCCAUGCCCAGUUGCCUAACACUUCAGGACGCAAUCACACAUCUAUGGAAUAUGGGUAGAAAACAUUACAAAUAAAUUACAAAUAAAUGAAAGGCUUAUCAUAUCAAGCUAAUUUUAUUGUAACAAACCAAGAUGUGUGCAUGUACACUCACUGUACACUUGUUUUAUUUAAGUCAUCUAUUGUUUUAAACAAAUUAUAUUGCUGGUUUAAAAUGGGCUAAACACAGAAAAUUAUUAGAGGCAACACCAAUAAUCAAAAGAUGAACAUUUAAUAUAAAGCAAGAACGCAUGGACAAAAUACAUGACAAAUUGAAUUUAUUUGGUAAUACAGCAUAGUUUACAACAUACAUUUAAAGUGAAACAGGUGAUUGUGUUCAGAAAUUAUUUUUUUUUAUGCUGGUUGAAAGUCUCUUCACAUCCCUAUAGUAAUCAUCAAGUUAAGUGGUUUAAAUGUACACUGAACAAAAUUAUAAACACAACACUUUUGUUUUUGCCACCAUUUUUCAUGAGUUGAACUCAAAGAUCUAAGACUUUUUCUAUGUAUACAAAAGGCCAAUUUCUCUAAAAUAUUGUUGACAAAUCUGUCUAAAUCUAUGUCAGUGACCCCUUCUCCUUUGCCGAGAUAAUCCAUCCACCUCAUAGGUACAGCAUAUAAAGAGGGUGAUU